AUGCUGCCUUUCCUGCUGCUCCUCUCAGGGCUGAGCCAGCUGACAUCCGCCGGCCAUCACUCUGAAACAUCACUUCUGCAAAUCACAGUGCCACAGAAGAUUGGGACGAACACCAAGGACAGCGGGGCUUCAGACACAAAUGUCACUUAUGACAUCAAAAUUAACAGGAAAACGUUCACUCUCCAUCUUGAAAAACAGUCAUUUUUAGACUCUAAUUUCCUGGUAUAUUCAUACAACAAGUCAGGGGUACUGUAUCCAGAUUCUUCAUUUAUAAAGGGUCAUUGCUUUUAUCAAGGGUAUGCCGGAGAGAUUCCGAAUUCAGUUGUGACACUUAGCACCUGUUCCGGACUCAGGGGAUUAUUGCAAUUCGAGAACAUCAGUUAUGGAAUUGAACCAUUGGAAUCUUCAGCUACAUAUGAGCAUAUAAUUUAUCAGAUAAAGAAUAAUAAAAGUGAUUUUUCUCCAAUAGCAAGAAAUUAUUCUACAACCCAGUUUGCAGCUCAGCCCUUCAAAAUCCUUGUGAAAUCAGAAAAAAAAUCAGAGGUGCUGUUGAAAAGAAUUCUGAAAAUUCAAGUCAUUAUGGAUAAAGCCUUGUAUGAUUAUAUGGGCUCUGAAGUGGCACUUGCGUCUGAGAAAAUUGUCUAUGUCUUUAGUCUUAUCAACAAUAUGUUUUCCCAGCUUAAAAUGACUGUUAUGUUAACUUCUCUGGAGCUCUGGUCAGAUAAAAAUCAGAUUUUAACUAAUGGGGACGCUAAUGAAAUGCUACAAAAAUUUGUGUCAUGGAAAGAAAAGAAAUUAUUUCAAAGGUCCCAUGAUAUGGCAUACUUGUUGAUUUAUAGGGACCAUCCUAAUUACAUAGGAGCAACAUAUCAUGGAAUGGCAUGCAAUCCCAAGUUUGCUGCAGGAAUUGCUCUGUAUCCAAAGAUGAUAACCUUAGAGGCAUUUUCAGUUAUUUUGGCACAGUUGAUUGGAAUUAGCCUGGGAUUAACAUACAAAAUUGACAUCUACAAUUGUUACUGUCCAGGAACUAUAUGCAUAAUGAAUCCUGAAGCAAUACGUUCCCGUGGUGUGAAGUUUUUUAGCAGCUGCAGCGUGGAUGAAUUUAAAAGUACAGUUUCACGGCCUGAAUUUGAAUGUCUUCAGAAUCAGAUAGUUCCCAAGGUGGUUCCCCAAGCAAGAACUGGAUCUUGUGGGAAUGGAGCUAUGGAAGAGGGUGAGCAAUGUGACUGUGGUGCCGUGGAGAACUGCAUUCAUAAAAAAUGCUGUGAUGCUGCCAACUGUACACUGAUUGGCGAUGCAGAGUGUGGUACUGGGCCAUGCUGUGACCGAAAAACUUGUAGACUAUCUCAAAGAGGAGUUCUAUGCAGGCGAAGCACAGAUCUGUGUGAUUUUCCAGAGUACUGCAGUGGGACCUCUGAGUUUUGUACAGAGGAUAUGAGAGCUGCUGAUUUCGAAAUGUGCAAUAAUAAGACUACCUAUUGCUUUCAAGGAAUAUGCCGAGAUAGAAGUAAACAGUGUUUGGAGUUGUUUGGAAAAUUUGCAGAAAGUUCUUCUUAUUUAUGUGCACAAGAAGUGAAUAUUCAAUCGGAUAUCUUUGGAAAUUGUGAUGGCAGGAGUUGUAAUUUUGUUAAUACUCUUUGUGCAAAGCUGGUUUGUCACUGGAAACAUUCACAGAUCGUACCAAAGACGGAUUUUGAUAUUCAAUAUACUUACCUUGACGGCCAUGUGUGUAUGUCAGGAAAUUUAAGAAAUUCUUCAACACCGGAUCUUACCAAGGUGUGGGAUGGCACCAAGUGUGAUGACGGAAGGUUUUGUGAUAAUGGACAAUGCCGACUUACCCAGGACUACCGAAAUAGACCAAAUUGUAGCUCAGCAGUGAAAUGUGGAGGACAUGGGCUUUGCAAUACUCUGCUUAAUUGUCACUGUGACGUGGGAUAUGCUCCUCCAGCGUGUGAACCAGAACCCUUAUCGCCAGGAGGAAGUAUCAAUGAUGGGUUUUGGAUUGUGGAGGGUAAAAAUGUAGAAUUCUUGGUGAAACGACAUCGUGCUUCUCAAAAAAAAGGCCUCUUGAUCAGUUUCUACGUUUUGCUACCUUUGCUGGUUCUAAUUGCCAUCGUUGCUCUUCAAUGGAAUAAAAAGAAGAUAUUUUGGAACAGAGAGGAUACAGUAAGUGAAGGCUCUCCAUCAGAAGCCAGCAGCAGUAAAAGCGACCUGUCUUGCAGUAAAAG